AUGAAGGUCUAUAUUUUUGUGCUAUCCAACGUUCCCACAAAACCUCCAAGAGUCCGAGUUGAUCAUAAUAUCCUGUUCGUGCGACUUCCCGAAGAAGGAGAAGGACCUGAACCUAUCGUUGUUCCUCCACCAAGGCAGGAGAACAUCGUCUAUGUACUCAACAAAAAGGACGAACAAGCUCAGCGUGUUAUCGAGGUACCUGCUCAUCCUCCAUCUGAUCCUGAAAUCUACUUCGUCAAUUAUGAAGAGGGUGAGAACCCAACUCUACCCAUUGGUGUGGAUCUCAAUACUGCCCUUGGUUCAGCUGCUGAAGCUGGUGGACAAGUAAUUGGAGCCGCCGGCGCUGGAUUAGGUGGUAACACUGGAGGAGUGGCUGGAGUAGGAGGCAGUGGAUUUGGAACGGUUAGCGGAGUGGGUGGAGUUGGUGCGAGCAGUGGAUUUGGAACAAUUAGCGGAGGAGUAGGUGGAGCUGGUGUAGGCAGCGGAUUUGGUACAGUGAGCGGAGGAUUUGCAGAAGGUAAUAUUGGUUCAGGAAGUAGCUUCCAAGUUGGUGGUGGUGUAAGUGGUUCCCAGACUGGUUCUCAAAUCAGUGUAGGUACCUCUCUUUCUGGUCUCUACUCCACUCCCUAA